AGGUGUCCCUGCCCAUGGCGGGGGGGUUGGGACUAGAUGGUCUUUAAGGUCCCUUCCAACCCGAACCAUUCUAUGAUUCUAUGUCCAAAGACAUCCAAACUUGGAUUUAAUUUGUGGAAUCCAUAGUCAGGGUCUUCUACAGAGAACACUGCACCCUUGGAUCCAUCAGCAUUAUUCAUGCAUGAUGCCCUAGUUUUGAUAGGUUCCCCCAGAUAAUUUGCUCAGAUUGUGUCCAAUCUGCAGACUCUAGUGUAGGUGUAACUCACCUGAAAUAAGCUCCGCCAGGACUAGCAUAGCCACCUGGAGUUUGACGGGGGCCGAGUUACCUUGCUGCUUGGCCAGAAAAUUUAACUUGUUCAAAACUCAGUGUAGCUAUCGCUGAUCAGCUUCCACCAACUGAGCUAACACUGUCCAUGUACUGCUCAGCUCCCAGCGCAGACCCUCAAACAGCUCUGUUGUAUGUAAACAUGGGUCCAGUGUUUGGCGUUUUAAUGACGGGGGACCACAGUUUUCAAGCUAAUCACAAAGCUCACCAUAAGUCACAGAGGACCACAGGACUUCAAAGUGAUCUUUUUUUUCAGCACAGUCCAUUUUAUUGCAAGGUUUGAUGCUGCAUAAUGUCAAUAACAAGUUAUUUCACUGCAGAUGGAUUUUGAUACUGGCUGUUUGCUGAAGUAUCAGAUUUACUCCUUCAAAUAUCCCCCUCUGAGCAAGUUCUUUGUGGAGCACCUCUGCAAAGUUCCCUUUACUGGUCCUGGAGAGAUGUUGAUUCAGCAGAUCUGUUUCAGACAUCUACUCUGGCCCGAGUGCAAGGCCAGGGGAACCAAGUUAGCUAUCUGCGUCACAGACCUCUACUUUUCAUCCAGUGAAUCUCACUCCCAGGGUGUGCUGGUGAGACAUCAGGUCUGCAACAAGGUCCUCUGCAUGGCAGAGAGGAGAGUCUUGGCUGAGCACAGCCAGCACCUCACAGAGCCCCUAACUAUGGUAGUGAAGAAGUGAGAUGCUCCCCUUCCUCCUGAGCAUAUAUAGCAUAUACUCUGGUGAAACUGGGCUAUUGACCCUCUGCUCAGAUGGGGUUAUCUGAAGGAACAAAUCUGAUUCUCGAGCAAACAAUAUCAAAAUCUGAUUUUCGUUUGUUAGUCACACUGUGUAUCUUGAAGGAGAGGCUGGUUUCUACUGGUGAGCAACUGGUUGUACCAGCCACACCAGGGUGAUAAAGCCAGAAUCUUGAAUAGCUGUUAGCACAGAGGUGUGUGCUCCAAACAGUGCUUAGAUACGGAUGUUUGCUAAGGGAUGACCAUCCCUCUGGUGUGCCACCGUUGAUUGGAUGGGACAGUUGCAUAAAGAACCCCAGAAUAAGAGCAGUCUCCAUCCUCCGAGAGAGCCCUGAGGCUGUUCCUGUUCAGAAGAAAGCCAGACUCUAGCAGCAACAUGUCUCAGCUGGAAACUGCAAUGGGAAUGACCAUUGCGGUCUUUGACAAGUACGCAAAGAUGGAUGGCAACAGGCAAACCCUCACCAAAGCAGAACUGAAGACCCUCCUGGAAAAAGAGCUCCCAAACUUCCUCUCGUCAGGGAAGGACAAGGACGCCAUUGAUAAAGUCUUCAAGAACCUGGAUGAAAACGGUGACUCCCAAGUGGACUUCAAAGAAUUUGUCAUCUUUGUGGCAUCUCUGACUUGCUACUGUCACAAAUAUUUUGAGCAGAAAGCAGCCAAUUAAUUGUCAAACUGCUCUCAAGAAGCCGUCUUUGCCUGUGCUCCAUAUGCUAGUAAUAUGGAUCCCUUCACUUCUUCCACGUACCGCCAUGCAGUUUACAAGCGUGCUGGGCUGUAAAAAUAAAUCCUACUGUGCUUCCUUCCCUGUCUCGAAUGUUAAUUUCUGCUCCUUUGUGGAAGAGCCUGGGUUUAACGGCUCCCACGAGCUCUCACUGAAUAUUUUCUCUCUUUUGCUGCUUUUUAAAAUUCUGUUCUUGGCCAAAAGGCUCAAUAUUCAUCCCAGCGCAGAGGCCACACAAGGGCUGGAGCCAUGAGUCAGCUGGAGGCUGCUUUUCUACAGCAGCAUCUCUGGGAUGCAGCCUGCCAAGCUUCGGCUGAUGGAGACUGCAGCCUAAAUCUUCACGUGUGCCACCCCGGCUGCACGGGACGGGUCUCACAGGAGCUGCCUUGGAGCCUGUUUGGUACCCACAGCUGUGGGGUUGUUGCAGGCCUGCCAUGAAGGCUCCUUCUUAGUUAAAUAAAAACAAACCAAAACAAGUCUAUCUUUUUUUGCAGCGUGGAGGAUUCUGUGCAGUUUUAUGUGCUGGUGACCCACCCCACGUGGAUUUACUUCCUAUAACAUGAUAAGGCUUCUCUACCAAUACAAUAUUACUAUACCAUUGGCAAUGUUGGGUUGCACACUGUAACCAUUUUAUUUUAAAUAAAUUUAAAUACCCCCCAAA